GAUUCUUAAGAAAAAGCGAGAUGCGAUUUUUUGACCUAACCUCUGAAAUUCUAAAGCUAAAGUGAUAUGUGAGAAGGAGUUAAGUAAGCAUAACAAAGUUUUUAAAACAUUUUCAUAAACAACAUUAGAGAUUGAAAUAAUUUUGUGUUUAAGAUGUCGAUUUUUAGGUUAGUAAAUAAAAGUCGUAUUCUUUUUUCUGAUAUUAAAUUAUGCAAUUGUAAAAUUCGUACAGUCCUUUUUUCUGAUUCUAAUGAGUUAAAAACGGAAACUUCCAAAAACAUUAAAAAACCUGGCGGUUUUGCCCAGUCUUUUGAAAAAUUUGAAACUAUAAACGAUUCUAAUGAGUCUCCACAAACAUUUGCUUCUUUAUUAAGAUAUUCUGCAUUUGUUGAUUUGGGAGAUCCUGCUGGCAAAAUUGUAAUAGGAAAAAUAUUUCAUGUAGUUGAAGACGAUUUGUAUAUAGAUUUUGGAUGGAAAUUUCACUGUGUUUGCCCAAGACCCACCAAAAAUGCUAGUAAUUACGUGAGAGGAGCCGAAGUUAGACUGCGCAUUAAUGAUCUAGAAUUAUCGUCAAAAUUUUUGGGAUAUGAAAAAGAUUUGACCUUAUUGGAAGCAGACUGCACUUUGUUGGGUUUAGUGCAACAAAGGACUAAGACCAAGGAGUAACAGAUUAUAUAUUUUAA